GUACAAUGUCCAAUGCGAUUGUUUUUUUUUCUUCGCCUGUGCUUUAUGCGGGGCGAAAAUCGCAACGAAGAAGGAUGGAUGGGUCGGACAUGCUACAUUCACCUCGCGUAAUGGGAAUUCAGAAGCAAAUUCGAAAUUUUUGGUAUUGUGAAUCAGUCUCGUGAGUACUACGUAAUGGAUCACCUUCCCGUCUUCUCAGGUUAAAACCUGUUCGUGUUCUCUAGAACGUCACUAGAAAGAAACUCCUGGAGACAAUUAUUUGACUCUCUGAGGGACGAAGAAGGUAACUUUCGUAGAGUAGAUUAGAAAAAAUCUUGAAAUAAUCUAUGGAAGUCUUUGUGAGAGUGACCGAGAGCGAGAUAAGCCUGGACAUGCUUGACGCAUUCUGCACCCUUUUCAAUCAUGAAAGUCCUUGCAGUUAUAUAGUUCCUGUUGCAGAAAACUUCAGGGGAAAAGGAUUUAUUUAUUCAAAUGGCAACACAAUCAAGUAGGAUUCCUGAUACAAUAGGGUUUUUCGAAAUGUCAAUCCACGAACUCUUAAUCUUCAAUCAUUUUGAGGCCGAUCAGUUGCUGGCGAGUCUCUUUCACCAACGAUGAAAUACAAGGUCAGGCUAAGCUGCCAAGCUUAGAUCCGGGCGGGGGGAUGUUGAUACCGUACACUCGAAACUUGGUAGAUGAAGGAAAUGGCAAAUUUAACGUGAUCGUAUUGUGCUGGGGAGAAGGUCAGGGAAGUUCUAUCCAUGAUCAUGCUGAUGCCCACUGCUUCCUAAAAGUGUUAGAUGGAAGAUUGAAAGAAACUCAAUUUGCAUGGCCAUCAGAAUCUGAGCCAGAAAAGUCUUUGGAACCAACAGGAUCAAGAUUAUAUAAGACAAAUGAAGUUAACUACAUCAAUGAUAGCAUAGGUCUUCAUCGUGUGGAGAAUGUCAGCCAUUCUGACACUGCAGCAUCACUUCAUGUGUACAUUCCAGCAUUUGACAUGUGCCAGUCCUUUGACCAGCGCACAGGGCACAAGCGUAAAUGUCAAGUGACAUUCUGCAGCAAAUAUGGCCAGAGAACACCUUAUAAACCAAGGUCAUGUACGAAGUAAUGCUGGGUACAAGCAAACAAUGAUGCAUAAGAGGAAUAUUUUUACAAGAAGUAUUCUAAUUUAAUACUUAAACUGUUUAUUAUUAAAUUGCACAGAAUAUUGGAUUUAUAAAGUGUAAGAAACGGUAUUGUGUUAUAUUAAAAUAUAUCAAUGCGUUUUCAAGAAAGGUAGUAUCAUGCUAUAAGCAAGCAGUUAAAAAGGGUUGGGGAUUGGAGUAUUUGAGAUUGCAAAACCUUUUCGUUUUUCUUCACAUCGAUUACAGAACAGUUGUGAGGAUUACGUUGGUACAAAGACAAUUGCAACACGCAUGUACAUUCAAAAUGUUAAUUAUAACUGUAUUAACUAACGUGUUGUACUUGUUCACGUAUAUUUAUUACUAAAAGUCUAUGGUUGCUAGAUGUGUAACACUAAAACUGACACAAAGAGCUGUCUUGUAGCGGUGUCAGUAGACUGAGAGAAACAAUGCUUGGACGUAGGCUCGAUUUCUGUCCCCUUCUCGUGUCCGGUCUUCUAUCCAACACAGCUGUCAAACGUAGGGCAUGCGCAGGGGUUUUAUAUCUACAAGCCGCAAGCCAACUUCCCCAAGUUGUCUACUAGAGUAAUAAAUAACUACAAAAGAAAGUAAGUCACAGUGUUUUAAAAACUUGAAACUUUUUCAAAGCCCAAAACAUAUGUCACUAAGCACGCUUUGUGUUCCAAAAGUUUUAAAUUUUUCUUUUCACAGCGUUUGUUUCCUUUUACAGAUUUCUAUGUUAGUGUCAGUUUUUUCUGAAAGCGGUUGUAUCUUACGUUUCCUUAAAAAAUUUCCUCGGGAAUUUGGUCCGCAGCAGGCCAAAAUUGACCUCUUGCGCAUGCCCAAUGUUUGACCGCAGUGUUCCAAAGGGUCCCAACAUCUGCAUGCGUUUGCUUAUCUUUUAUACUGCUCUUUACUUGAGUCGCAGGUACGUUAAAACCGCUAAGUGGAAGAUAUAUGCAAUAAGUUAUAACUCUUGUAAAGGGCUGUGGUGUGUAUAUUAUUUUAAGUAAAAAGCUUUUGUAAGUCCCAGUUGACUUUAUAUCGUAAAUGCAAACGGGUGUGAGAUUCCACACUAAACUGGAUUAAAUAAAACUUGUGGAUAUUUAUUGUAUAAA